AUGGUCACUAUUUACCUUUUCGGAGAUCAAACUGUCCGCGUGGACGAUGCUCUCCACAAACUAUUAUACGUGAAGAAUAGCCCGACAUUAAAGUCCUUUCUUGAUGAAGCCUUUGCUGCUAUAAGGAAGGAGAUAUUCUUAUUACCAGCAAAUGAGCGAACCUCGCUGCCAGACGCACACACACUCCCCCUUCUGCUAGGAGCGGUCAGAAAUGGACGACGCCAUGUUGCCCUAGACAGUGCAUUAGUUUGCCUCUACGAGAUAGGGCAAUACAUUCUACUCUUACAGACUACGGAUCUUUGCCAUCCACCAACCGGCUCCGUCCUAGUUGGGUUUUGCACCGGAUCACUCGCAGCUGCUGCGGUUUCUUGCGCACGAACUAGUCUUGAUCUGCUUGCCCUCGGCAUUGAGGCUGUGAUAACUGCAUUUCGGGUUGGAAUUCAGGUGGCUCGACGGGCUAAUGCACUGGCUGGGGAAGAUGGUUUGCAGUGGAAACCAUGGUCACUCGCGGUGGCGGAUAUUCCAGAAUCAGAGGCUGAACAGAUACUCGAGGCAUUUGUUCGGGAUAAGGAUAUCCCGACAAUUAUGAAGCCAUAUGUCAGCGCUGCUGGAAGUAAUAACAUUACGAUCAGCGGUACCCCAAAGGUGCUUGAGGCAUUAAAGACCUUUCCCCACUUUCAAGGUACAAAGUCGUUGCCGGUGUCAAUCUAUGCACCAUAUCACGCGGCACAUCUAUAUAGCGAGGUCGACGUAGAAAGUAUCCUCGGGCACAAAUCAGUUGACCGAUCUCUGUUUUGUCGUGAAUCGAACACGUCCCUCAUAUCCUGCGCCACAGGCAUUGUCCUGAAGGAGAAAACAUUUGGUGACUUACUUCGAGCACUGGUUAGGGAGAUCUUGACCUGCCAGAUAAGAUUUGACAAGGUUGAGGAGAGUAUUGUUCAGCAUAGCCCUGAUGUCACCGCUCAAAUCGUCCCUAUCCACACGAAUAUUGUAUCCAGAAUGAAAACAUCAUUAACUCAAGUCGGCAUCGAGGUGGAGUGCUUGAAGGCGACGGCAACCCAGGGACCGGCAGCGGAGGCUUUGCCAGCAUCGUCAGGCAUUGAAGCAUCCAAGAUCGCCAUUAUUGGUUUUAGUGGUCGUUUUCCGGAAGCAGACGGUCUGACCGAGUUCUGGGAACUAUUGCAGCAAGGACUGGAUGUCCAUAAACCUAUCCCUGCCGACAGGUUCGACCGUGAGGCUCAUUACGAUGCUACACUCCGACGUAAAAAUACUAGUCGUAUCAAACAUGGUUGCUGGAUACGAAAUCCCGGGUCAUUCGACGCGCGUUUCUUCCAAAUGUCCCCACGCGAGGCAUGCCAGACGGAUCCUGCGCAACGCCUGGCUCUUCUCACAGCGUACGAAGCCAUGGAAAUGGCUGGAUUUGUCCCGGAUCGUACCCCAGCAAGCCAGCGGGAUCGUGUGGGUGUAUACUACGGCAUGACGAGCGAUGACUGGCGCGAAGUUAACAGUAGCCAAGAUAUUGAUACCUAUUUCAUCCCAGGGGGUAUCAGAGCUUUUGUUCCCGGCCGCCUCAAUUACUUCUUCAAAUUCAGCGGACCGAGCAUUACAGUGGAUACAGCAUGCUCAUCCAGCCUGGCAGCUAUUCAUACUGCCUGCAGCGCUCUACUUAAUGGUGACUGCGAUACUGCCUUGGCCGGUGGUACAAAUAUUUUAACGAACCCCGACAACUUCGCCGGCCUUGAUCGGGGGCAUUUCCUCUCCUCAACCGGGAAUUGUAAGACCUUCGAUGAUGCUGCGGACGGAUAUUGCCGUGCAGAUGGCGUAGGCACCGUGAUUCUCAAGCGGCUACCAGAUGCAAUAGCCGAUAACGAUCCUAUAUUUGGCGUGAUCCUAGGAGCACGAACCUCGCAUUCGGCAGAAGCAGUCUCAAUAACCCGUCCGUUAGCCGAUGCACAGGCACAUCUAUUCCAACAAUUACUGGCAGAAUCUGGUAUACAUCCACAUGAGAUCAGCUACGUCGAAAUGCAUGGCACAGGGACACAGGCAGGCGACGCAGUUGAAAUGAAGUCAGUACUUGACAGCUUCGCCUGGGAUGAUAGUCGGGCCCUGGAUAGGCCGUUGCAUCUGGGGUCUGUCAAGGCGAAUGUUGGCCAUGGCGAGUCAUCAUCUGGUGUGACAGCAUUGAUUAAGGUACUGCUGAUGAUGCAGAAAAGCAGAAUUCCGCCCCAUUGUGGCAUCAAGGGAAGGAUAAACCGCCACUUCCCUACAGAUAUGAAGCAGCGCAAUGUUCAUAUCCCGUUCAGGGAAACCGAUUGGAUGCGUCCAGGGGAAGGAAAGCGCCGCUCCUUUAUUAAUAAUUUCUCUGCAGCCGGAGGCAAUACAGCAGUGUUAGUUGAAGAUGCGCCGUUGUUAGAGGACCAUUCGGCUGGAGUUUCGUCCGACCCACGGAAACACCAUGUGGUUACCCUCUCCGCUCGGUCAUCCAAGAGUCUCUCAGAGAACAUGCGUGCUUUGGGGGAGUUCAUUGGCUCAGAAACUUCCUCGGAGCUCUUAGCACGCAUCGGAUAUACGACUACCGCGAGGCGCAUGCACCACUCUUACCGUGUAGCCUUCGUAGGAGAUGACCUACAAGAGAUUAAACGAAGGUUGCUAGACACAGAUGUGACACAGGAUAUCAAGCCUUGUCCGUCCAAGCCACCUGGAGUAGGGUUCAUAUUCACAGGCCAAGGUGCACAGCAGACGGCGAUGGGGCGGGAACUAUACGAUAGCUUCACCUCCUUUCGCGCGGACAUAGCCGAGUUGGAAGCUGUCAGUCGCGGGCAUGGGUUUCCCUCCAUACUUCCUCUAAUCACAGGAGAGGUUGAUGUUGCAGAAUUGCCCCCGAUUGUGGUUCAAGUUGGUACCGUGGUUGUCCAAAUAGCAAUAGCACGAUUAUGGCAGAACUGGGGCCUGGUGCCACAAUACGCUCUUGGGCACAGUCUUGGUGAAUAUGCAGCCUUACAGCUCGCAGGAGUGCUCAGCAUCAGCGACACGAUCUACCUAGCUGGGUCGCGGGCUGCCUUGCUAGAGAAAGGAUGCACAUCCGGGUCACAUGGUAUGUUGGCAGUCAAAGCGUCGAUUGCUGACCUAGAAAAGGUUUUCAAAGGUGUGCAGUUGGAGGUAUCGUGCAGAAAUGGCCCGGAAGAUACGGUUUUGAGUGGUCCCACUGAUGAGAUUGACCGAGCCUCGAAGAUAUUAUCUGACCUUAAAGUGACUUCCAAGAAACUCAUACUACCAUUCGCGUUUCAUUCGUCACAGGUUGAUCCAAUUUUGGAAGAGUUGGAACAUAUUGCCAGCCAAGUGACGUAUCAACCACCAAGGAUUCCAAUCGUGUCACCCACUUUGGGCCGUACUAUCAUGGAUGAAGGAACUAUGGGAGCCCAGUACAUCCGUCGACAUUGUCGUGAGCCUGUAGACUUUGUCGGUGCCCUAGAGGCAGCACAGGCCGCUGGUAUCUUUGAUUGUGCAGGUCUGGCAGUCGAGAUUGGUGCUCAUCCCAUCCUUAUGAGCAUGAUGAAGGCUAUGGUGGGCUCGAGUGUUAGAGUGUGCCCAACAUUAUCCCACCGAGAGGACAAGUUUAAGACCCUCGCGGGGUCAUUGUCAAUAUUGCACCUGGCAGGAGUGAGUCUAAACUGGGACGAAUACCAACGUGACUUUAAGAGCAGCAAUCAGGUUGUCAUGCUUCCUGGAUAUAGUUGGGACUAUCAGGACUACUGGAUUCAGUACCAGAAUAACUUUUGCCUAACCAAGGGGUGUCCUGAAACGUCUAUGAGCGCCGAUCCUAUUCGACCCAUAUCUACUCGGUUGAGUCCUUCCGUUCAGAGGAUUGUCGAAGAGGUGGUAGAUGGCGCACGGGCAAUGAUUAUUAUUGAAUCUGAUAUUACUGACCCGGAGCUACUGACAGUAGCAUUGGAUCAUAAGGUCAACGGGGUAACUCUUUGUCCAUCGUCCUUGUAUGCGGAUAUUGCCCACACAUUAGGCAUGUAUCUGUCAGGUAAAAAGGACGAUGUACCGGAUUAUAACAUAGACAUUUGUGACAUGGUCGUGCAAAAGGCUCUAGUCGUCAAAGGAACUGGACCACAGCUGUUGCGUGCAUCUCUUGACAUGGACUGGAACAUGCUCCGAGGGAUGAUAAAGGUGUACAGCGUUGACGACACGGGGAAUCUCACCGCGCAGCACGCACAAUGUGUCAUAGAGUUCCGGCGAGCUACAAACUGGCAGGAGAGCUGGAACCGCCAGUUGUACCUAAUCCAACGCAGCAUUGAGCAUCUCAAGAAGGGUGUUGAAGAAGGGUGGACACACAAGAUGCGCCGAGGUUUGGCGUACAGACUCUUCUCGUCGAUGAUGCAAUACGGCCCCUCAUACCAAGCCAUGGAGGAAGUCGUAUUCGACAGUUCUGGGCUGGAAGCCACGGCCGAAGUGCGUUUACAGUCGACCGCAGGUCAGUAUUCGUUGAAUCCUGUCUGGUCUGACAGCUUUGGCCAUCUGACCGGCUUUGUCAUGAACUGCAAUGAUUCUAUUGAUCUAACGGAGCACUUAUUUGUGAACCACGGUUGGGGGUUCAUGCGCUGUGUCGAGCCUUUUUCCCCAGACACGGUUUACCAAACUCACGUCAAAAUGCAACCUGUCGAUGACAACAGGGGCUUUUAUGUGGGGGAUGUCCAUAUUCUCAACGAAAACCGCAUAAUUGCGCAAUAUGGAGCAGUCAGCUUUCAAAAAGUGGCUCGGCGGGUCCUGGAAAUGUUACUGCCCGCCACGACACCAAAAGGCAGCUCUUCACCCACACGACCAAAGACAGUUGAUACCUCCCAGCCUGCUGUGAGGCCACAAAGUAGUAUACAAACUCAGCAUCCUCAGGUUGAGGACCCAUGGCAGCGAGUACUUGGAGUUAUUGCUCCGGAAAUUGGCGUCGAGCCUGGACAGCUCACUGAGGAUGUGAACUUUGCUAACAUGGGAGUUGAUUCGCUGAUGUCCUUGACCAUCAUCGGUAAAUUUCGAGAGUUUCUGGGGCUCGACGUACCAUGGUCACUUUUCGAAAACUGUCCAUCUGUGCAGUCUCUUCGUGUUUACCUCAACAUGUCAUCAUCGUCCGAAUCUGAUAGUGGCGAGACAAGCUCUUAUCCAACCCCCAACGGAUCUACAACAACCACUAUCACAUCGCCUAGUGGAAGUGACAGGGAUGUCGGGAGAAAUACGGUAGUAGAUGGGGUGACAACUACCGUGGGCUUGAUAUCAUCCAUACUAUCCGAGGAGAUGGGUGUGAGUCUCACAGAUCUCUCCAAUGUGGAUGACCUCAGCGAGCUGGGCCUAGAUUCCCUCCUCUCGCUCACAACUCUUGGAAGAGUGCGUGAUGAGACAGACCUGCAACUCCCGAAUGACUUCUUUCUGGAGCACUCGAGUGUUGCUUCAAUUACAGCGGCGCUGGGAGCAAUGUUUCAAUCCACGAAACAAAAUAUCGAGCAGAGCUUAAUAACCACUCAUCCACCCGCAACGUCGAUAAACCUCCAAGGUAAUGAAAGUUGUUCACAAACCCUUUUUCUCUUUCCUGAUGGGUCUGGGUCAUCCACAUCCUAUGCAAUGCUACCCACCAUUUCCAGGGAUGUACGUAUAUAUGCCAUGGACUGCCCUUACCUAAAGCAGGCGAAUGAGCUGGCGAAGUGUCGACUACAAGACCUUACCCCAGUCUACGUGGCUGAGAUCCGUCGACGUCAGCCGCGCGGUCCAUACAACCUCGGGGGUUGGUCUGCAGGGGGGAUUAUUGCAUAUGAAGUGGCACAGUAUCUCGUUGAUCAAGGGGAAAAGGUGGAGCGACUGCUAUUGAUAGACUCUCCUAAUCCUAUGGGGUUGGGGAAGUGUCCACCACACUUCUACCAGUUUCUUGAGGAAGCAGGGGUCUUCGGUAUUCACGGUGGGCGGAAGCCGCCGACAUGGCUAUUGCAGCAUUUCCAAGCCGUCAACGAUGUUCUAGACCGGUAUACACCUGCGCCCUUCCGACCAGCUACCGCUGCUCCUCGCACUACUAUCAUCUACGCACAGGAUGGCGUAUGCAAGUCGUCAAGGGACCCUCGCCCGGAACGAAAUCAGGAUGACCCAGAGGUUAUCGACUGGCUGCUAGAACGCCGGGUGGAUAUGUCAUACAACGGAUGGGAUCAUCUGCUUGGGGGAGGUAGCAUUCAGUUAAAAACAAUGCCUGAUGCUAACCAUUUUACCAUUGUUCGAAACCCAGCGGUCAUUCGUCUGGCGGGAAUGAUGCAGACAGCGAUGUUACAAUGA